AUGGCCAAGUACAACAAGCUCGCGGGGAAGCACAUCGUCGUGAUCGGCGGCAGCAACGGCAUCGGCCGCGGCGUAGUCGAAGCCUCCCUCGAGUCCGGUGCGCGCGUCACACUGUCAGGCUCCUCGCCCCAGAGCGCCGAAGCCGCCGUCUCCGCCCUCAAGAAAGAAUACCCGUCCCCGCAGCUUGUCGGCCUCAACUGCGACCUCUCGAACGCGACCGUCGAAGCCGACCUCGAAUCGCUCCUCCGACAAGCCGUCGCGGCCCACGACGGCGCCCCCAUCGACCACAUCGUCCUCACGGCCGCGGACAACCUCUCGAUCGUGCCCCUGCAAGACAUGACGCCCGAGGUGAUCGCGAAGGCGACGCAUAUGCGCAUGCUCGUUCCCAUCCUUGUCGGCAAGCUCGCCCAGCGGCACUUGCGCCCGUCCGCGAACUGCAGCCUCACGCUCACGACGGGGUCGAUCGCGGACAAGCCGAUGGCGGACUGGAGCCUGAUCAAUUUCCUCUGCACCGGCAUCGUGGGACUGACGCGGAACCUGGCGCUGGACCUGCAGCCGAGGCGGGUGAAUAUCGUCGAGCCGGGGCUCGUGGAUACGGGGCUGUGGGACACGACGUGGCCGACGGCGAAAGAGCGGGAGGAGGGAUUAAGAGAGCUGGCGGAGAAGCUGAAGCUGCCGGUGGGUAAGGCGGGAGGGGUGGAGGAGGUCGCGGAGGCUUAUGUUUAUUUGAUGAGGGACCGGAAUGCUACGGGGGAGGUGGUGAAGACGAGGGGGGGCUCGCAUUUGGUUUAG